ACUGUCAUGGCGGCUCCGCUCUACGUUCUCCGGGAAUGAACAGGAAAACCUGCUUAUUUACAAAAAACAGAAAGGUGUUUUCAGUUGGCAGGGGCCGCUAGUAAACCAGCGACUGGACACCUUACAUCCACCGACAGAAAAAGUUUCAUAUCAAAGCUGCUGAAUCUUCGUUCAUCAUGAGAACAGUCCUGAUGGUGGCAGAAAAGCCUUCUCUGGCUCAGUCCAUCGCCAAAAUCCUCUCUAAAGGAAGCUGCACGAGUCGUAAAGGACAUGGAGCGUGCUCCGUUCACGAGUACUCCGGAAGCUAGGGACAGAGCGCUCGCUUCAGGAUGACUUCGGUCGUGGACCACGUGAUGAGUCCUGGACUUCAUCGGUUGGGGAAAGUACAACAAUGGGACAAGGUGACCCUGCAGAGCUCUUCAGCAAGCUCCCAAGCGAAGAAGGAGCCAACCCCCAAACUCAACAUGGUCAAGUUCCUGCAGGUGGACCCGAGAGGCUGCGACUACGUGGUGCUGUGGCUGGACUGCGACAAAGAAGGCGAGAACAUCUGCUUCGAGGUUCUGGAUGCCAUCCAGCCGGUGAUGAAUAAGCUGUCUGGGAGGGAACAGAGCGUCUAUCGAGCCAAGUUCAGCUCCAUCACGGACACCGACAUCUGGAACGCCAUGAACCGUCUUGGAGAGCCCAACCGGAAUGAAGCGCUGUCCGUGGACGCUCGCCAGGAGCUGGACCUGCGCAUCGGCUGCGCCUUCACCCGGUAUUCAGACAAAGUCUUUUCAGGGUAAUAUGGGAACAUGGAUUCGUCCCUGAUCUCCUUAGGACCGUGUCAUCCGACACUUGGAUUCUGUGUGGCGCACGACAAGAUCCAGUCCUUCAAACCCGAGACGUACUGGGUCCUGCAGGCCAAGGUGUUCAGAGGAAAGGACAGUCCUCUGACUCUGGACUGGAACAGGGUCCGGGUCUUUGACCGUGAAGUUGGUCAAAUGUUCGUCAACCUGGCCAAGACAUCACGGGAGGCGCAGGUGGAGUCUGUCAGUAAGAAGGAGAAGGCCAAGCAGCGACCGCAGGCCUUGAACACCGUGGAAAUGUUGAGAGUGGCCAGUUCUGCUUUAGGUAUGGGUCCCCAGCACACCAUGCAGAUAGCAGAGCGUCUCUACACUCAGGGCUACAUCAGCUAUCCUCGUACCGAGACCACGCACUACCCGGAGAUUGACCUGAAGGGAACCAUGAAGCAGCAGGCCAACAACCCUCUCUGGGCCGAAGAGGUGAAAGCUCUGCUCUCCGAAGGAAUAAACCGACCCAGGAAAGGAACCGACGCCGGAGACCACCCCCCCAUCACUCCCAUGCGUGCGGCCUCAGAGGCAGAGCUGGGCAGCGAUGGGUGGAGGCUGUACGACUACAUAACACGUCAUUUCAUCGCCACCGUCAGCCAGGACUGCAAGUACCUCCAGACCACCAUCGACUUCCUCAUCGGCACCGAGGGCUUCUCCUGCAGUGGGAAGACCCUCAUUUCAGCAGGGUACACUGCGGUGAUGCCGUGGCAGGGCAUCCCCCUGGAGGAGGCCAUGCCCACCUGUGAACGCGGCGACGCCUUCACCGUGGACGAGAUCAAGCUGGUGGAGAAGCAGACGAGCCCCCCGGAUUACCUGACGGAGGCCGAGCUCAUCACCCUGAUGGAGAAGCACGGCAUCGGAACCGAUGCCAGCAUCCCCGUCCACAUCAACAACAUCUGCCAGAGGAACUACGUGACGGUGGAGAACGGACGCAAACUGAAGCCCACCAACCUGGGCAUCGUGCUGGUGCACGGAUACUACAAGAUAGAUGCAGAGCUGGUGCUGCCCCCCAUCCGCAGUGCUGUGGAGAAGCAGCUCAACCUGAUCGCACAGGGCAAGGCCAACUUCCAGCAGGUCCUGCAGCACACGCUGGACAUCUUCAAGAGGAAGUUCCACUACUUCGUGGACUCCAUCACAGGCAUGGACGAGCUGAUGGAGGUCUCAUUCUCGCCCAUCGCUGCCACAGGGAAGCCGCUGUCUCGCUGCGGGAAGUGUCACCGCUUCAUGAAGUACAUCCAGGCCAAACCGAGCCGCCUCCACUGCUCGCACUGUGACGAGACCUACAGUCUCCCUCAGAACGGCGCCAUCAAGCUGUACAAGGAGCUCCGCUGUCCACUCGACGAAUUCGAGCUGGUGCUGUGGACCUCCGGGUCGCGGGGCAAGAGCUACCCCCUGUGCCCCUACUGCUUCAGCAACCCCCCAUUCGGGACAUGAAGAAGGUAACGUGGAAUGGGAUGUAACGAGUGCACACACCCUUCCUGUCAGCACUCUCUGAACUCUCUGGGCAUCGGACAGUGUGUGGAGUGUGACAGCGGGGUCCUGGUGCUGGAUACCACCUCAGGACCCAAGUGGAAGAUGGCCUGCAACAAAUGUAACGUGGUGGUCCAUUUCUUCGAACACGCACACAAAGUGCAGGUGGCGUCGGAGAGCUGCGACGCCUGCGACGCCUCCCUGGUGGCGGUGGACUUCAACAAGACUCGCACCCCGCUGCCGGCCGGGGAGACGCAGCACACCGGCUGCGUCUUCUGCGCGAUCUUCCAGGACCUGGUGGAGCUCAAACACGCCACCAUGAGGCAUGCCAUGCACAGGGGUGGCGGCGCCCGGCGAGGAGGGACGGGGCCGGGGCCGGGGUCGGCGGGGAACCCCAAAAAACCCAAAGACAAGAUGGCCGCCUUGGCGGCUUACUUGUGUAGUUGUAAAGUCACAAUUCAUCUUGUUUGUCAUUUCAUCACAUUGAAGUAAAAUCUUGGAAACAAACUGUUUGUUCAAACUUUUUACACAGGAAGUUCCAAAGCUGAGUCAUUUGGCGUUUUAUAACUGUCAUGUCCAGAGAGCAGCUAAAAAUGGCCGGAUGAGUUUUGAGCGAGUCUCCCCUGCUGAGGUGUGAACGACGCUGCUGUUUUGCGAGGUGAGGCGAUUAUUUAUGCAAAACUGAAAGAAAGAUUGUUGCUUUGGCUGUUCCUGCAUGAAUCAGUGUCCAAUAGAGAAGAGAGAGACUCAGAGCUAGUAUCAAUAUUUUGUCACAUAUUUUCCUGAGGGACUGCAAGCAUUGUAACAUUUAUAGUCGCUGUAGUGAACCCUUUCUCAGCCGUGUCCCACCCUUCAUGGUAGACGACAAGCUGACCGCACCGGCCGAGUUUUGGAUUAACUGUUCACAUGUUAACGAGUGACGGUAAACACAUGCUGGUAACAGAUGUUAAAAUACGACUCACAAAAGACUCUAAACUUCUAAAUUUACUGUAACUGUAGAUAACCGAUAUUCACUAGAACGACUACAAGUUUCAGUCGGUUUUUCAACAAAUGUUGGUCACAAGUUGACACACACACACACCAGUUAAUUCAAAACAUUGACAGGCGGAGCCUCGGUGCUUUACACCUGGAUGUGCCGCUGGGCGGUACUCCGUCCGGGCAGCGCUCGCUCCCUGAGCAGCGUAUCAUGGAGAUGUUGGAACAUUUUUUGAGCAGAUAUCCAGCAGAUAAAAACUCAUUGUUCGGUGCCGAGGACUGCUGGCCGCAAAGCUAAAGACCUGAAAAUUUCAUGAGAGACUUGUGCGCCUGUCAGGACGCUGUACAAUCCGUCUCAACCUUGUCACCGAGGAUUGAUUGUGGAUCGCGUUGUAUGCCGUCCAUGUAUACAAAUGUGUUUAACAUGAUUGUUUUCAAUCUGACUGAAAAAACACCCAUGUAAACUGGGCCACCCCGUUGGUAUCUUGGCGUCCAGGCUCUGCUCAACCCUCCCCCUCCCCCUUAGAGGUUUGCAUGAACGUGGAAGGUCUGGCUGCAUUUACCAAUAAAAAGAUGGUGA